AUGGACAACCCGGCGGCGGAUCCCUCUUCGCCGCCGGGUCGCUCUGUCCUGGGAACGCGCCACUCCACGACACCGACUGCCUCGGUGACGAAGUCACGAGAAGACGACCAGAAGCGUCGUACUUCCCGACGUCACGCCCGUGUCACAGAUGAUCAGGAGCCCCUCCCCGAGACGGCAAAGGACACGGCGAAGGCAAGGGCUGGAGACGACGGGAAUCAGUUGCCCGUGUACGUGUUCCUCCAGGAGUACCGAUCGCGUUCGGAUUCGGACGUCUUCGACACGAAGCGGCUUCACGCGUUGGUCGGCCGGUGGUGGCAAGAGAUCCGAAAUGCCCCCAUCCAAUUCACCGGGAGUCCGUUGUCAACCUCGAAGGUGUUGACUGCGAUUGCCAAGGAUGAGAACCUCGCCGCAUACUACGGUCUGGAGAAGGUUGGCGAAGGCAGGGGUCUCAGGUGGAAGUUAUGCAAGUCAUCCUUGUCCCAGGAACGCGACUGCGCACCGUGGAAGUUCAGUUUACCGUCGGGUUGGACAGAAGAGUUCGGCGCAGAUGGCAUGUGGAGGUUCAAGGCGAUGAUCGAUGGAACGCCUGUCUCGGACGCCAAGCUCGACGCGCAGUCCAAAGGCACUCGAGUUCUGCGUGAUCACAUUAGGCACAUGGAGGUGCAGCUGAGGAGAUGCCGCGAGGACGACGUCGUGAUCGCUGCCGACAACGAGCAGGGGCGCAGGCUCCACGAGACCUUGUCGGGAAACCCUGACGUGAAGGAUGUGUUCGCCAGACUCCCCGAGGGUAGCCUGGCAAGGGCGGUGGUCGAGGAGAUGAUGAGAUACAACCAGCACCGAGGCUCCGCGAAGGGGUGGCGCUUCAACGCGAAGGUACUUCGGUGGGCCUGCUACGCGUUGGCGAAGAUGGGUGGGGCUGGGUACCAGGUCCUCCGGGACGUUCUCCACCUCCCGCACAUCAAGCACGUCCAGAAGAUCGUGGCGGCUUCAACUUCUACGAAAAUGGGAGAACAGUACCACCUCAUCGAGGCGUUCGCCAAGAUGGCGUGCGAAGACAACCNUUCUACCAGUAGAUACGUUGAGCUGUUUUGGUUUUACUCUUUGUUGUGGAGGCCGUAUGGACUAGUGUUCGAUCUGUUGGGGAUCCUUGUCUGGGACUUGAUGCACCUCAACCAGAACGACUUUAGGGUCUGUCCGAACGGCGGGGGGAUUGAAGGCCUGGUCGACCGCGAUUCGUUCUUCCGCCACCCCCUGGACGCCGUGCAAGGGGUUGACGAACACAUCACCCUGGAAAAGACGCUCGAGACGUUCGUUGCGACCCAGUACCUGGAGGUGUUCUGGGUUAGCAUCGGGAACCCCAAGUACAAGUUCUGCGUGUACCGGGAAGCGGUGAGGGGCCUCAGCGGGCCCAAGAUCUCGCGGAUGCUCGACGAGAUCACGAACAAAUUGUACGAGGCCCACGAGGACAAGAAGUUCGACGUGAUCGGCACCGUCUGCGAUGGUGCCGCCGAGCACCGAUCCUUCCAGCAGCACUUCGCCACGACGACGUUCUCGGAGUGGGCGAAGAGCGACUCCGUGUUCGAGCAGCGUCACAAGGACUACCCCGUGGCCUUCAAGCAUCCCCACCAUGACGGGCCGGUGUUCAACAUGUCCGACCCUGUGCAUCUCCUCAAGAAGGUCGUCAACGCCCUCUGGUACAGCGGCCUCGACAGCAAAGAACGACAUCUCCAAAACCUGUGGUGGAACCCUCUGACGGACGCACCUGAGUUGGCGUCUUUUUCUCUGAAGACCCUGGAGAAGGCGUGGAGAGAGGAGGAGGGACACCGGGCCAAUCGUACCGCUGCAGAGCGUGCCGCGACAUUGCGCCGCUUCCUCAAGAUGGACGCUGCCUGCUUGGACAGGGACAGCCACACCUGCAUGAGCGUGAAGCUCUCGGCGAAGUGCGUGUCGAAGACCGCGAUGCAUGUCAUUGCCAGCGCCCAGGGGAAGCUUCUCGCCCUCGACAAACCUCCGAGCGGGGAACUCGCGUGCUACGCCGACGUCGCCGAGGUGAUGAACGACUUCCUGGACAUCAUGAAUGGUGUGUUUAAUGUCCUCGAACAGGACCGAGCUCACCCGCAGCGGAAGAAGGAAGGGUACAUCACCGGAGCCGAUUGCCCUCCGCUGACAAGGCUGUUGGAAGUCCUGCAGUUCUUCGACUCGUGGCAGAGCAACCUCCGGCACACCUUCGGGGGGAAGUGGGCGCCUCACUUCAUCACCGACGUGUCCUGGAAGGAUAUGCGCUCUUGCAUUCUUGGCUUCGUGGCCAUGUCACGGUACAUUUUCGCCGACCGCGAUCUCGUCGAAGAGGAGGGCGGUGUCCCCCGCCGCUUCCUGUACCCCCGCAUGUUCAGUCAGGACAUUCUCGAGCACAGGUUUGCCCACAUUCGGACGGGGAUGGGCACGCACAAGGCACCCACGGCAACACAGGCGGCCCGUCAAGCAAAGCAUGGAGACACCUGUCGAGUGUCCCAUGGCCUACAACGACGCAACGCGUCUCGAUCGACCGGUUCGUUCGAGGUUCAGUCGAGUGCUUCUAUUCGCGUUGCUCUGCCCGUCAACGCUUCUGAGCGGGAGGAAGUAGUGAGAGCCGCCACCUGGGACCGUGAUGACCAUGUAUUUGAGAGUCGCGCCUCGUGCUGUGUAACGGACUGUCACAUGUGUGGGGUUUGAAGGGAGGUAUCCUGCACGUAAGUGAUCAUUGCCGUAUGAGGGUCGACAAGCUGGCACUCUGUUGGUGUGGUGUGCGGGCGUGCCUGUAGUGCACACACGCUCAUGUCCUUCUCCUAUCUGUGUGUGCGAGAGGAAGCGUAUCCGUGCUGUGCUCAUGUUGGUGCGGUCCUGGUGCGUCGGGGGCUAGUACGUGUCUCAUUCAACUUUGUCGAGUCUCAUACCAGCCGUGGGUUAGGUUGGGCAAGGCGGUGGGUGCUGUGGUGGGUGUUCGGUUGGUUUGAGUUUGCUUGAAGUUGGUUUUGAUGUUGAAUUGGGUGGGGCGGUGAGUGGAAUCGGUGGCGGGGCGAUGUGUGUGCGUGUACCUUGUUGGGUAAGGUAGGAUCGUGUGAUGUUGGGUCUUCUACUUGUUUUCUUAUCUCGGCCGUUUGCGACAAAUUCGGUUGUUUCGUAGGGUGCGGGGGUGUGUUGGGGACGGCGUAGCCUAAAUUAUUGGGCUGGACGUUUUGGCGUUUUGUGUUGCGGGCGCCCUGUGUACUAAUAAACAAUGUUCACCCCACCGCGACCUGGUUUCUACUUGGUUUCGUCCGCAGCUUCUAGCGGAGGGUGGUGGCCUCCAUAACCAAGUUGAAUCACGAGGACGUCGUUUUACUCGCGAAAUGCGGUUGGAUGCACAGGCGGGCGUAUCCCAUGUCAACAAAUUGACG